ACGCACUUUGCUCCGCGCGUCUUCCUUACAGCCGUUUUGGUUGGGAGUUUGCGGUGGGCAGGAGGAGGGAGAAGCAACUCCCGUUCCGAUCGGAAAACACCGGGAGACCAGACCGUCUCUCUCAGCAGCGAGGAAGAGAGAAGCCGUCGCAGGACCCACAAACACCUGCUCGUCUCUGUUGCGUUGUGCGCACGUCCCCGACUGUGCCCUACGUCCAUCGAGCGGGCAGGCAUGGGGUGUUUGGGCAACAGCAAGACGGCGGAAGACCAGGGCGUCGAUGAGAAAGAACGACGCGAGGCCAACAAAAAGAUCGAGAAGCAGUUGCAGAAAGAGCGCCUGGCUUACAAAGCGACUCACCGCCUGCUGCUCCUGGGGGCUGGCGAGUCUGGAAAAAGCACUAUCGUCAAACAGAUGAGGAUCCUGCACGUCAAUGGAUUUAACCCGGAGGAAAAGAAACAGAAAAUUCUAGACAUUCGGAAAAAUGUUAAAGAUGCCAUUGUGACGAUUGUUUCGGCGAUGAGUACCAUCAUCCCUCCGGUUCCUCUGGCCAACCCUGAAAACCAGUUUCGAUCAGACUAUAUCAAGAGCAUAGCCCCUAUAACUGACUUUGAGUAUUCCCAGGAAUUCUUUGAUCAUGUGAAAAAACUUUGGGACGAUGAAGGCGUGAAGGCGUGCUUUGAGAGAUCCAACGAGUACCAGCUGAUCGACUGCGCACAGUACUUCCUGGAAAGAAUCGACAGCGUCAGUCUGGUUGACUACACACCCACGGACCAGGACCUCCUCAGAUGCAGAGUUCUGACAUCGGGGAUUUUUGAGACACGAUUCCAGGUGGACAAAGUGAACUUUCACAUGUUCGACGUCGGCGGCCAGCGGGACGAGAGAAGAAAGUGGAUCCAGUGCUUUAAUGACGUCACUGCUAUCAUUUACGUCGCGGCCUGCAGCAGCUACAACAUGGUGAUCCGGGAGGACAACAACACCAACAGGCUGAGAGAAUCCCUGGACCUUUUUGAAAGCAUCUGGAACAACAGGUGGUUACGGACCAUUUCUAUCAUCUUGUUCUUGAACAAACAGGAUAUGCUGGCAGAAAAAGUCUUGGCAGGGAAAUCAAAAAUUGAAGACUAUUUCCCAGAGUAUGCAAAUUAUACUGUUCCUGAAGAUGCAACUCCAGAUGCAGGAGAAGAUCCCAAAGUUACAAGAGCCAAGUUCUUCAUCCGGGAUCUGUUUUUGCUUAUUUUGAGAUCAUUUCAAACUUCCAUGCAAAGUGAAGGAAUUGUGCAAGUAACUCCCAUAUACUCUUCACCCAAAUUGGCCGUUUGAAUUUGCCUGGGCGAUGAGUUCUGAGCAGGAACCUCUAACUCCAGCAGACUGCAGAAUCGGUUCCGUAUCAGUAUUUCAUCUGGACAGGAGCUUGUCUCGGGUGAAACAGUAACUCUGGUACCAUGGGCCCCAGGGGAAGAGAGGAAUAAAGGUCGCCAGUGGAGAGGGAGGUACGGGGAGGACACUGUCCUUGGAGGAGGGGACAAAGGUGAGUUUGGGCAGAGGAGGCUGAGUGCAUGGCGAGAACAGGCCACUCGCUUUGUGAACGUUCUUCCGUCCACGGCACAGUCCUUGCACAAGGAGGGGCUGUCCCAGACAAGGCCUCUUCUCCCCAGCGGGCCGUGGGGCUGGAGAUGAACCAUCCCAGAGGCAGAAGGAACCUAGAGCUGAGGAAGCCGGGAGUGGGAGAGCCAAGUGGUCAGCCCCAGUGUCCUGCCAGUUACAGUGGACAGUCCUGUCCCUCCCGCCGCGGGCUUCUCAGAGCCCUUCUUAGUGUUUUGUCUCCUCCCCAGUCUGCCUGGUAUUUUAUAAGCUCUCCUGAGAUUUCUUUUACCUUGAAUUCCAUCUCCUAAGAGGCCUGGAGGCUGAGCAGAGAGCCUGGGACUGCCCAGUGUUCCUGGUCGAGCUUAUUUCUGUCAUUUUUCAUGAAAAUCAGUGGACAAGUCAGGUAGGUGGAGAGAUUAGACUGUUUGAAGUUCGCAGAUCGCGGGAGCUUUGUGACGGCUCCGUUCCCUGGACUGCUGCUGGCCGGGACGGAGCAGUCAGAUCACUGCAGAAGCAGCUCGUUUCUCACUCGCUCCCCCACCUGCGGUGCGCGCCAAGCCCCUCACCUGGUGCUGGAGGAUUAAAAAGAUACAUAAUCUACUCAAUUCAGUGUCCAUAAGUUUAAUAAUGAAAAAGACACACUCAGGAGAAGCCCGAGGAGCUGUGUCCCGUGAGGCGUCUUCAGUGGCCUUUCCGGCCACACAGGCUGCUCCCGGGAUGCCGUGAGGGAAGGCGGGCGCAGGCAGCCCAGGCCACGUGGCGCCACCAGGCCUCCGCCUCGGCCUCGAAGGCUCGGUGCCGCCACAGGCUCCACAGGCUGAGCAGCUGCAGCAACACGAUUAUCUCCUGGGUUCUGAGGCCGGGAGCCGGCAGGGCAGUGCCUGGGGGGCCCUCCCUGGCUUUCUGGCGCCCCCCUCCCGUGUCUGCACCUGCCGGUGCCCCUGGUCUCCUCUUAGGGGGACACCAGUCAGAUGGGACCCGGGCCCACCCCCAUGACCUCAUUUUACCUUAAUGACUUCUUUAAGGACCUGUCUCCAAACACAGCCACAGCUGAGGUGCUGGGUCAGGGCUCCAGCACGUCAAUUUGGGGGACACAAUUCUGCGGUAACGCCUCUCUCCACACCUCACCCCACCAAGGCCACGGUGCCCGCACGCACCUCACUCUCAGACGUCCUCGCAGAGCGUAACUGAUGACGUUUAACCCCGUGUUUCCCAGAGUUAGGUGACGACAGCACUUUUCUCCCAGACCACCCUCCAACAUUGCCGUGCUGGCCAGGGGACGCCCCUUAGCAAAUGCUGAAGUUCACCUGUGUGGAGCAGGCGGCCACGUGACAGGUGCACUGUCUGUUACUGAACCACGGGUCAGGUGGAUAUUAAAUUUAAAUUAAUUAAAACUAAAAGAAUUAGAAAUCAGUCCCUGGGUCAGCUGGUAAUAGUGGCUGCCGUACUGACAGGGCAGACAGAGAACACUUCCAUUUUUGCAGACAGUUCUGUCGCACAGCUGGGGUUCAGACCUCCGUUUCUGGAAGAUCUUCCCCCCACUGCGCCUGCCCAGGGCCGGCCAGCCUCCCGCGGACGGAGACAAGCUGAGGUUCUGGGGAGCUUGCCCCGGGCUGGGUAUUUAGACGGUUCCGCCGGGUGGGAAGCAAGCGGACAGACCGCCCCCGGAGCCUCCCACCCCUGCGCGGUGUCACCUGGCUGUCCUGCCAAGGGGAAUGGCGGCUGCGCGGGCUAGCACCCACGUUCUCUCUUGCAGAGGAUCAGCACGGCCACGGGCGACGGCAAACACUACUGCUACCCUCACUUCACCUGUGCCGUGGACACAGAGAACAUCCGCAGGGUGUUCAACG